GCGCUCUCGCUGAGGGGAAGGAGAGGGAUCAGGAGCGGGAGCUGAGGGCAGGAGAGGCCGGUCCGGGUCUGGCCUCUGCCGCCGCCGAGUCUCUCCCGCCCGCCCGCAGUCUCCCCGCCGGGCUGCGGCUCCGUCCUCGGUUCCCUCCCGCGCAGCGUCUGCGAGGCUCCGGCCGGGCCGGCGUAGGAACAGCCGCAGGCGGCGGCGGCCGCCGCAUCAUGUCAGCCAAGGACGAGCGGGCCCGGGAGAUCCUGAGGGGCUUCAAACUCACUUUCCACUUUGGUAUCUUGUCAGAAUAUGCAAAUCAGGGAGAAGAGACACCUGGGUAUGAUGCAGUAUGGAAAGGCGAUACAAAUGAUCUGCCUGACCAGAAACUGGAUGAACCUCCGCGAUGCCGAGACAGGGAAGAUACUCUGGCAAGGAACAGAAGAUCUGUCCGUCCCCGGCGUGGAGCAUGAAGCCCGUGUCCCCAAGAAAAUCCUCAAGUGCAAAGCGGUAUCUCGAGAACUGAACUUCUCCUCAGCAGAGCAAAUGGAAAAAUUUCGCCUGGAACAAAAAGUUUACUUCAAAGGGCAAUGCCUAGAAGAAUGGUUCUUCGAGUUCGGCUUUGUCAUCCCCAACUCCACAAACACCUGGCAAUCCCUGAUAGAGGCAGCACCCGAGUCCCAGAUGAUGCCGGCCAGCGUGCUAACGCAUGUGCCCAGUGGCCUCCAGCCCAUCUGGGGAUGAGCCAUGCAGCCCUGAGUCGUCCCCCAGACAGUCUGGAGACCACAGACCUAAGGGCUGAUUCAUCUUUCCACAGGACACCCGCCAGAGACGGGGCCUCCCACAGCCCUGCCGCCUCCCUCCUCCAGCUGCCUUGGUUUUUGGGGGCCUACAUUCUCACACUGACUCGUGUGACUCAAUUACAGCAGACAGCACCCACCCCUGCACCAGCCUGGGCUAGAGGGGAGUCACAGCCUGGUGGCCAGCACAGGGGUGGCCUGCCUUCUAGUGAGGCUGGACCCAAGGUGUAGGUCACCACAAGCUGGAGCUUCCCUGCCCCUUGGUGAGGCCUGCAGCCUCCCAGUAACUAAGUAAGAACUCCCAGGGCUUAAACAAAAAGGGCAGCAAAAGGGGGGGGGGGGCCUCCAGCAGUAGAUUCAUAGUGCAGGCACCGAGUCCCAGCCAUAACCCUGGAGACAAAAAAAAAAAAAAUUCCAAGGUUUGGGCUGGGGAGACAGCAUAACAGACAUACAAAAACUCUCAUGCCCAAGGCUCCUAGAUACCAGGUUCAGUCCCCAGCACUACCAUAAAGCAGAGUUGAGCAAAUAAAAUAAAGUAAAAUAACCUCUCAGGGCUCACUCUAAUUGGACCAUCAUGGGUCACAUGUUAAUGCUGAAUCAGUCGGUAUAGCCAGGAGAAGGGCUCUGAGCACUGACUGGCCAGGACCCCUCACGACCUUGCCCCUGGGGCCUGACUAACAGGAGAUGGACACCAUAUGGGUGUGCUGCCAGGAGAGGGCCAAGGGAAGUGGCAGAAAGAGCAGAUAUUGGGGUAUGGGGAGACAGCAUAAUGGUUAUAGAAAGAGACUCUCAUGCCUGAGGCCCCAUAGGCCCAGGUUCAAUCCCCAGCACCACUGAGCAGUACUCUGGUUAAAUAAAUAAAUAAACUAUGUAUAUAUACAGAGAGAGAAGGGUUCUGGCUGUACAAUGCCAGAGACUGACCUAGGAUCCCAUGCUGGCAAGUCCUGUACUCUACCACUGCACCUCCUUCCAGGCCACGAGAAUUUUUAAUUAGAAAUUAAACAAUCAAUGUAAACAGCAGCCUGCUACUGCAAACGGGUCCUGCUGGACUCUCGCUCCUGACUUUAAGGACUGUGCUCCCUGCCAAGCCUGCCCUCGGCACCAAGGGCUCCUAUCCUAUCAGCAAGACCCCUGGGCAGAGCCGAGGAGCAGAAGGUAGCUCACUGGGGUGACACAUUGCAGUGCGCAAGGACCCAAGUUCAAACCUGUGGUCCCCACCUGCAGGGGGAAAGCUUCACAAGUGGUGAAGCAGGGCUGCAAGUGUCUGUCUUUCUCCGUCUCUAUCUGCCCCCUCUCAAUUUCUCUCUGUCUUUAUCCAAUAAUAAGUAAAAUUAAAAAA